AGGAAUGAUUCGUUCUCAGGAGCCCAGUGAAAACAAGCAUGAUACCAUGAUUGGUUGCCACCUGUACAAUAAGUCCAUCCAUGAAAUUUCCUUGCUACUAAAUAUUCCACAGUCAGCUGGUAGUGGUAUUAUAACAAAGUGGAAGCAACUGGGAACAAAAGCAACUAAGCCCACCACUGGACUCUAGAGCAGUGGAGACGUGUUCGCUGGAGCGACAAAUUGCCCUUCUCUGUCUGGCAAUCCCAUGGACGUGUUUGGGUUUGGCUUUUGCCAUGAGAAUGAUACUUGCCUGACUGCAUCGUGCCAAGUGUAA